GUUAUGAUUAACUUCAUAACACAACUUACUUUUGUAGUACUUGUUAGUUUAGGUUAUUGCACCUGCAAUGUUUACGACAAAUGCCAUUGGUGGAUUUUUUGCAGGGAGACAGCCAAUGACACGCCCCCGUGUUCGUUGCUUGGCGACGUGUUUGCUUGCGACUGUCUUCUUUCAAGGUUGAUCUGAGGAGCAUCACGCUUAUCCAUCAAUGUUACGUAGCACAACAAGAAGCUUUAUUCCAUAAACUUACCGGGAAAACGUUAAAUCUGUGCUGAAUGGCGAAAAAUGGGAUCGUGAAAUGUAAAUGGUGAUCUUGGAUGCCAAAAGAUCGCACGCAGUUUUUUUCCAGAAAUGUCUCCUUCACGGCUAUACACUCCAUCUAUGAUGUCUCCUCAAAGUUCUCUAAAUGUCUCGAGCAACUUCUGCACAGCGGACAAUAUCUCUGAGUGCAUUUUAUACAUCAAUCAGGAAUUGUCAUCACUGGGCUUUCCACCGAUUUUCCGUAACUCGGAGGGAAUCCGUGAUUUAGAUGCUGUGGUUGCUUUAAAUAACAUACAUGACCUGCUGCGGCUGCACCGUCAAGCUGUUAAAAUGAUAGAGGAGCUGGAGGUAGAGCAGCUCAAGUCCAGCAGUGACCUCCACUAUCAACAUCUUACCAACUCAAGACUAAAGGACCAGCUUGAAAUUUCGAAGAAAGAAAACAUGCGGUUGCAUGAGAGAGAGCGUCAACUGGAAACAACUAUGAAGACAUUACAAAACUGCCUAAAAGAUGCAAAAGAAGAGGUACAAAGGCUGCAGGGUGUCAUUGCGAGCCGUGCCACACAGUACAACCACGAUAUAAAGAGAAGAGAAAGGGAGUACAGCAAAGUAAAGGAACGCCUUAAUCAGCUACUUAUUGCCAGAAAAGAUAAACAAGGAAUGGAAGUUUUGAAUUAUGUUGGGAGGCCGGAUGGGAAAAGAUCUCUUUGGAAAACUGGGAAAACUGAAGCAAGACAUGAGGGAGAAAUGUACAAAACACUUCUAAAUGAAUUUGAUAAUCGGCAGAGGGAGCUAAUGCUGGAAAACAUUGAGUUGAAGAAAGUGCUGCAGCAGAUGAAGAGAGAGAUGAUGGCGGUGUUAAAUUCAAAGAAGAUAUUAAAAAAUGAAGAGAAACAGAGCAAUAAUGUAGAUCAGGCUAAUUCAGAUGAUGAGGAGAACUUAUUGAAAGAACAUCCUGAGAUGUCAUGUGAUCAUGCCCGAGAGAAACUCACCAAUAGCAUUCGUCAGCAGUGGAGAAAAUUAAAAUACCAUGUUGAGAAACUGGACAGCCAAGCAUCUAUAGUGCAAGAUGGUGACAGUGAUGAGACGAUUACCAAACAAGUCCAUGAAGAGGAGAUUGAAAAGCUCAGAGUAGAAAUUCAGCAGUGCAAAGAAUUCAUUCAGACACAGCAGCAACUUCUACAACAACAGCUCAACACGCCCUGCGAUGAAGAGACUGCAGCUGUCCUGAAUGAUUGCUACAUGCUGGAAGAGAAGGAACGCUUGAAAGAAGAGUGGAGAGUUUUUGAGGAACAGAGGAAAAACUUUGAAAUGGAAAGAAGAAAUUUCACAGAGGCUGCCAUCAGAUUGGGCCAUGAGAGAAAAUCGUUUGAGGAUGACCGUGCAAUGUGGCUCAAACAUCAGUUUCUAAACACAUCAUUUGCAGACCACGUGAAACCACAAAGUCGCAUUACUGAUGAAUUAACAAGGCAGUCUCAUCAUGAAGAGAAACACCUUCCAAUUUCAGCCAAAGUGAGCAAAUCUCAUCUUUAGUUCACCGACACCAUGGACCCCCUGCCAAUUUAUCCAACACCAGAAGAGUAAUACACCUAUCCAGACGACUUUCCAAGUUUGAGAGUAUCUUAUGGAGGAACUUUCAAAAUAUGAACAUUAGGCGUUUGUGUCAAAUGUGAAUUUGUGAUAAGAUUGUUAGAGAUCUAAUGCUAAGUUUCACCAACCGCGUUUCAGGCGUCAAAAUCGUGUCUACCGCGUCUAGUUUGCCGCUUGAACAGAUUGAAUGCAUUCGCGUGUGUAGAGCGAAGUAGACGCGCGGAAAAAGCAAGCAUUUGACGGGCGUCAGAGGCAAAAUCCGCUUCUUGUGGGAGGGGCAAGUGCUGUGCGGUUGUCUGUUUGCAAGAUGAGUGAUGUUGAUUGUGCAUUUAUCGAGAGAGUUACCGGUUUGUAUUUGGUAACCUUACUAUAGGGGAAAAAUAACCGGCGCGGGUCGAUAAACGUCACGUGACUCAAAAGUGAAGUGUGUAUUACAACUUACCAGGUAGCCCAAUGUCCUCACUGACACUCUUCCAAGCGAAGUCCUUUUUAUUCCUGUCUCCUCUAUAGAAAUAAGAACUUGUGUCAUAUAGCUCCGGGUGACUGCUUACGGACAAUAUCAAGCGUUGGUUGAAUGAGUGACUCCGGGCGGGGCUGCCACCACAGCAGCAAGCAGGCUCCUGAUUGGUUAACGCGACGCAAAAUUCCGUCAAAUUUCAAAUUUUUUAACUCGGGGGUCAGCCGCAAAUUCGCGUGAACCACAAAAUGCACAAAAAGCAACAUUACCGCGCACAACGCUCAAUUCGUGCCUUAGACGCGCGAAUGAGGUGGAAACACGUCUUCCGCGCCACGCCAAACAAUUCUUCCGCCGUGGGACCUCUUCUCAUUGAUUUAACAUUGAAAUCACUCGCGAUUCACGCCUCUACCGCGGUUGGUGUAAACGCAGCAUAAUGCUUUUCCGAAUGAAAAACAGCUAUGAGCAAUGCUUUACUUAUGGCCAUGAUGCUUUUAAAACAUUUUGCAAUUUCACAUAGAAAUUUCUAAUACUGUAUGUCAAUGUAAUUUUAGCAGUUACAGAUGAUUCGGAUAGAUGUAUUGGUUAAUCUUUUAUGGUUUACUUGCUAGUUAGAAAUCUGUUGCAUCAUGUUAAGCAGUGUUCGAUUUUAUCUUGUGUUUUUAGUUAAUUUAUUUUUUGUUUCUGUAUACAGUAGGUUGUACAGUGUUAUUUUAGCACAGAAUUUCUAUGAAUUACAAUAACUACAGAAUUAAGCACUGAUACAUUUUAUUUGUUGUUUAGGAUUUGUCAUUGAGUGCGUUUACAUGCACAGUCUUACGCCGAUUAUGCUUAAUAAACUGAUAACACGUGGGGUCAUGUAAACGCGUAAAACUGUUUUCUUUAAUCGGGGAAAGCUCAUAAACGGCGUAAGCAAAAACCGAUCGGCACAGGUAGUUUUUUGCUCAUUACGCCGAUUUUGCGUGGCAUGUAAACACCUUAACCGGCUUUCUCACGGUUUUGUCCAUGUGCGCAUGUCUCCGCGUAUGAAAGAUAAACGUCACACACAGAAGUAAGUGCAAAGUAACGCAUAAAAGUCUCCGCUCGACAAAAGCAGUUGUCAGAGAAACUGUUAAAAUAGAAGCUCAUGUUACAUUUACAGGUUCUGCACACACAAGAGAUACAACAGUACAGCUUAAGACAGAAAUGCCGUCGGCUUUUUGAUCGACUAUUAUGUACUAUAGGUGGUGACGUCACUGCCUGCGAGAAAACUGAUAAGUCUUCAAGUCCCAUGUAAACGCAUUUGUCUGCAUAGCUGGCUUAUUGAUUUGCAUGUAAACGCAUGAAAACGGUUUUCUGUAAUAAGCUGAUUGUUGAUAGUUAUCCGCUUAUUCUGUGCAUGUAAACGUACUCAAUAAGUCGUUUACUUAUUUUAUAUUUUAGAAAUGUAGCUUUUGUCCACCGCCAUUAUAUAUUUUACAUUCAAAGCAUGUGGAUAAUACAAAGCUAUGCCACUGUAACUGUAACAUAUUACAGGAAUGUGUUUUAUAAAUAGUAGUCACAACAUUAUUUGGGAUAAAAACUAAACAAACACUUUUGUUAAUUAAAAGUAAUGCAUGCAGUAAUAUAGGCUACAGUGCAAUGCAGUUUACAGCUUUACAAUCACACCUCAUAACGUACAUUGGGGACGGAAACAAGAAAGAUUAUAAAAAUCAAAUGUCUCACAUCUUUACACAACAAGACGGAUAUGAUCACUUCCACCAUGCAUCCCAAUUCAGGGGCUUCGUCAUUUGAAGGCUGUAUUUGAAGGCCAGUGACUUCACCGGGCCAUGAAGAAGGCAGUUCCAUGCAAUUCAAAGGCUCGUUCACGUGCAGCCUCCAUGUGGCAUUUGUUUCCCCUGAAACCAAGGAUCCCUAGAUGGAUCCUUCACAGCCUUGGCUAGCCUAAGAUUCCAUGUGUGCCUGUGACGUCUGAAUUUAUUGAGAAAAACAUUCAGAAUUGUAGUUAAAUAAAAGUGUAUA